UCUUCAUUUCUUUCUCUAUAGGUUCAACCACCAACUACUUUCAUUUCUUCUUGGCCAACAAAUGCUGUUAAAUGAAACAAUCAAUAACUUCCAUUUUACUAUCUUCUCUCUCUUUCCUCCCUCUUCCUCUCUUUUUUUGUGUUAAUCUUUCAAUUUAAGAAACCCAACACCACACGCUUUCUUCACCACCACCACCACCAUUACCACUACCCUACUACUCCUACUCCUACUCCCACUCUCUUUACCUUAAACACAGUUUUUCCCAAACAUCCUCAUUUUAUGUUUCUUUUUCAUUUUGCAAUUUUUAGCAACACUUUUUCUUCAACAUUCCUCUAUUUAUUUUAACAACACUUUAAAACCGUCGCCAUAGUUUGUAUUAAAUAUUUUCUUUUCAAACCAUGCAAAUGAGUAGUGUAAUGGGAAAAACUAAAAUCCUUUUAACAAUGAGUGCAAGGUUCAUCAACGAAGCAAUAAGUUUCCUAGUCUUCUGUUUCCUUGACCUAGUUGAUUUUCUUCUAUGUUUUCUUUUUAAAUCGGUCGACAUGCUAUUCGACUCCGAGUUUAGACCGUGUUAUUGUUCUUCAGCUAAAGAAGCAAUAACAAGUAGUGGAAAAAUCUUGGUCUCAGAGCAAGGUGAGUCGAAAAUCGUUUCACUUAGUUCGACUAAGUUAAUGUUGGAGGAUAUUUCCGACACGCUUUACUCUCGUCCUUCGCUGGUUUCUGAGGUGUCGAGGCUAACUAUGAAUGAACUUAAGAGAUUGAAAUUGGAAGAUCCUGUUCUUGCUCAAUCUAAGAGAGGGAAUAAUAACUCAAGAUGUUCCAGCUUUACGGUGAAUACUACUAUCGUUGAAAUGCUUCAAGGUAAAAUUGGAAAACAUGAUGUGAAUAAUCAAAUUCCUAGAUGGUCAGAUUGUGAUUGUAAAGAAUGUUGCUCUUGGAUUCAACCUAGUAAAACCACUCUCUAUGUUAAAUCUCAGUUUCCCACCUCAGGUGAAGCGCGAGAAGAUGUGUUGUUUAUACAUGGAUUUAUAUCAUCAUCACUAUUUUGGACAGAAACAUUGUUCCCAAAUUUUUCAAGUGAAGCAAAAUCAAACUAUAGGUUAUUUGCAGUUGAUUUACUAGGUUUUGGGAAGAGUCCAAAGCCAAGUGAAUCACUAUACACAUUAAGGGAACAUUUAGAUAUGAUAGAGAAAUCUGUAUUGGAGGCCCAUAAAGUUGAAUCUUUUCACAUAGUGGCCCAUUCCUUGGGAUCAAUUUUAGCCCUAGCACUUGCAGCUAAAUAUCCUCAGUAUGUCAAGUCCAUAACUUUGCUUGCCCCACCCUACUACCCGGUACCUAAAGGCGAAACCCAAGCGACGCAAUAUGUGAUGAGACAAAUCGCACCGAGACGCGUCUGGCCACCAAUGGCGUUUGGCGCGUCGUUGGUGUGCUGGUACGAACAUAUUACUAGGAUGAUUUGUUUCCUCAUUUGUAAGAAUCAUCGUUUGUGGUUAUUUCUCACCAGACUCAUCACUCGUAACAGGGUAAGGACUUUCUUGCUUGAAGGAUUCUUUAGUCACACCCAUAAUGCAGCUUGGCAUACACUACACAACAUUAUAUGUGGAACAGCAGCAAAACUUGGAACAUAUUUGGAAAAAGUGAAGGAAAAUCCAAAUUGCAAAGUGACAAUAUUUCAUGGCAAAAAUGAUGAGGUUAUACCUAUUGAGUGUAGCUAUGAUGUGGUGAGAAUGAUUCCAAGUGCAGAGCUUAGGGUUAUUGAUGAUAAAGAUCAUAUCACUAUUGUGGUUGGAAGACAGAAAGAUUUUGCUAGAGAAUUGGAAGAGAUUUGGAAUUCUACAAACAAGAAUUGAAGAAUUGAAAGAUCAAAUUUAUGUGUUAGGUUUUGGUUAUGUCAAAUCAAGUGUUGUUGUUUGUAUCUUUUCUCAUAAAUCAUAUUAAGCAAGAAAAAGAAAUGAAGCACAUAUUACUUAUUUAUACUUU